GGUCCGGUGGGUUGAGGGAGAAUCUCCUGUGGACCUGCUGCGACCCCUCUGCUCCUCCAGUCCUGAUCUGCUGCCUCCUGCCGGGACCUUCGCACUCCUCCUCCUCCUCCUCCUCCACCGGGACCAGUACCAUGGAUAGCUCCAGGAUGCUCCGCGGACUGCUGUUUGUCGGCCUGCUGACCGUCAUGUGUCACGGCCAGACGCCCCAGGAAGUCUCCGUAGAGGACGUUGGAGAGGACAAAACCGAGAACCUAGACAAAGACAUGAUUGAAGCCCUGGAGGCUCUGCUGGGCAGGAUGCAUAACCGCAUUUCCUCCACUGAGAAAAGAGGAAGCAUCCCAAUGUGUGGGAUGGGGGACCGGUGUGCCAUGAAGUACGGGUCUCGCAUCGGGAAGCUCUGUGACUGCAGCAGAGGAUCCACCUGCAACUCCUACCUGCUUAAGUGCAUCUGAAUCUGCAUUUCCUUUUUCUUUUUACACAAACAGCAUCACUUCUGCAGGACCAAACAUCCUUUACGAGCUCAGCAGGCUUCACAGCUUCCACAAACCCCUGAUACUACAUCUGUAAUAUCUUCAUUUAUAUUUACAUUAUGAAUUAUUAUUGAUUCGGCGGCUGUUGCCUGAGGAUAAGCAUGGAUUUUGUAUUGCUGACAUUCCUGGUUAUCUCCUGUAGCAUGUAAAUGUUUCAUGUUCAAUAAACACAUUAAUCAAAA